AUGGAUGGGUUCUUAGGCCUUGGUCGUGGGGCCCUUUCAAUUAUUUCCCAAGCAUCUAAUAUGUAUAACAAUAUAUUCUCAUAUUGUUUACCAUCAAGAAUUGACUAUGUUGGAUAUCUCGAACUAGGUAUCCCAGCUCUUGGUGUGAAGUACACACCGAUGCUAACAAACCCAAAAAUGCCAUCCUUCUACUUCCUUAAUCUCACUGCCAUAUUUAUUUGGGGUGAAAGGAUUGACCUUUCACCCACUAUAUUCAGUAGCCCAGGAACUAUUUUGGACUCUGGCACAUCAAUUACUCGCUUGCCACCCACUACCUACUUUGCCCUACGUAGUAUUUUUCGAAAAAAAUGGUCUAUUUACCCAAUGGCACCUCCAAUAUUUAAUCUUGACACAUGCUAUAACCUUACUGGCUUCGAGGAGGUGUUGACUCCAGAUAUUUCUUUUGUCUAUGAAGGUGAAGUUAUAGCUAACUUGGAUAUCUUAGGGACAAUUUUUCAUGCCACUAAAUAUCAAUGGUGUUUAUCAAUCGUUGGAAAUAGUGAUGAUAGUCAGAUUGUGGUUAUUGGUAGUAUGCAGCAACGCAGGUUCAACAUAGUAUAUGAUCUGGGGAACUCACAAAUUGGCUUUGGGUCUAAUGGUUGUAGCUAG